AACAUUGUCGUGCAUAUCGCCGCCGUGGUGGUUUGAGCCACACUUAAUUUUACCGGUGUGUCGUGUUGGUUCUUCUGCUUGUUGUUCCCUACUGAUUGUUUUUAUUUUUUCUCGUGACCGGUAAUCGAUAUAUAUCCGACGGGCAAAACCGGCUUUUGGGCAAAUUCGCGAUCGUUAUCUUUUCCCCGGUUUCGCCAAUCGAGAAAACCGCGUCGAUCCUUUGGCCUCGAAUCGCUACGCGAUGCAGUUUUCGUAGGUCCACUUGAGCGACUGGCAGCGGGUGACAUUCGGCCGAGGAAAGGGAAUAGAAUCGAAACCAUUUGAAUAAUUUGAAUUCGACGACAGGAAGUGUUAUUUAUUGCCCGGCCAAAAAGAGGACGGCUAAGCCUGCCUUCUAUGGAUCGUGAGAAUUUGUGUGGAUCGAAAAAAACGAAGCGUUUCGAAAAUAUUUGGCGCUUCAUUCUGGUGUGGUACCCUAGUGGGUAUGAAGCUUUGAGUCAGGAAAAAAGGUUAAUUCAUCAGGAAAAUAAUUGAAUUAGCGUGAGUGAAUAAGUGAGUUAAUGCUAUAAUCAAAGAAAAUAAAGCUUGAUUGUGGUUUUUCUUCAAAGUUUGGUGAGAAGUACCCGCCGCCGAAGCCGACUGUGGAUUACUGUGGCUUGGCUCUGCACAGAAGUGCUAACAAGAAAAAAAAGUAGUGAAAUCUCCGAGCGGUUUUGUGGGUGAGAGUGAUUUUUCAAUUGGGCUCGAUACAAUCAUAAUUAGCAGAGACGAGGAAGCAAAAUAAAUAUGGGCAAAUCAAGCAAUUAUUGCUUUAACCUAGCGGUCGGCUUGCUGCUAGUUCACAUUGUUGGGGUUUGUGGCAAAUUGGAACCGAUCCAUCACAAAUGGACCAGGUCGGAAAUAAUGGAUGCCAACGGUUUGUACCUGCUCGAGUGGAAGGUCGAUCACAAGGACAUCGUUUUCACGGUUACGGUCAACACACGGGGCUUAAUCGGAUUAGGAUUCUCACACAAAAGCGAACGGAUGAGCGGGUCGGAUCUAGUGCUCGUCUGGGUGGAUGAUCGGACAGGAAAACCGAAUGUGUUGGACUGUCACGGAGGCAAGGAUGCACACCGAGCACCAAUCCAAGAUGACACGCAGAAUUACCAGGUGGAAAGUGGUUUCCAAAAUCUAACACACACCAUCGUUACGUUUCGCCGAGCGUUGGAAACGUGCGAUCCGCAUGACGUGAUAAUCGGGACCGACACGAUGAAAGUGCUGUGGUCCUACGGCGACCGAGAUCCGGUUCAUGGUGAUCUGAAGGACCACGGCAAAAACCGUGGUGCACGAUCGAUACAAUUUCUCGGCCCGCUGUUCAAAAAACCGACGGAUCCUACAGUGCGACAUGACAUCCGCCAAUGGGACGUGACUGUGAAAAACGUUUCCAUCGAUGCCAGCAUGGAUACGCUGUACUGGUGCAAAAUUUUGAAAGCGCCCACUCUGCGCGAAAAGCACCACAUAAUUGGUUACGAAGCCAUUCUGACCAAAGAGAGCUCCACCAAACAACCGCUUGUUCAUCACAUGACUCUGUUCGAGUGCUCACCCAAUUCCUACCCCGGAUCGGAUCCCAACUCUUGGGAUGUUUGGGUCAAAAGCAGUGGAGCGGUAUGCAAUAGCAAUCUUCUCACACCCAGGGACUGGGAUUCUUGCAUCACACCGGUCGCCACAUGGGGCAUCGGAGCUUCUGGGCAAUUUCUGCCAGAGCAUAUUGGCAUUCCCAUCGGUGGUAAUAAAGGAGGCGCCAAAUAUUACAUGCUUGAAGUGCACUAUGAUAAUCCACGAGCGAAACGGGUACUAGAUCAUUCCGGAUUUCGAAUGCAUUACACGAGACACGUACGCCGUCACGAUGCAGGAAUGAUGAUCUCUGGUGUUUCUAUAUCGGAUACACAAAUGAUCCCACCAGGACAGAAACUGUACCGGAAUGUUGGAAUUUGUGGGCCCUCGUGUACAGGAGUUGUUUUCCCACAAGAUGGUAUAAACAUCGUAUCAGCUGCAUUACAUUCACAUGUAGCAGGACGAAAAAUGAAACUUAGGCACGUGCGAGAAGAAAAGGAGCUUCCGCGAAUAGUCGAGGAUGAUAACUAUGAUCACAAUUUCCAGCAGAUCAGACAACUAGAAAACGAAACUACAGUUUUGCCGGGUGACUACUUAAUAACGGAUUGUGCGUACGAAACUAUCGGCAGGAAACGUCCAACGCUAGGAGGCUACUCAACGAAACAGGAAAUGUGUCUGUCAUUCAUCACCUACUAUCCGAAAAUUGAACUAGCUGGGUGUUACAGUAUGACACCCGUGAAAGAAUUUUUCGAAACAUUUGGAGUCUUUCAGUUUUACUCUAUGAAUAUGACAGACGUGGAGAAUCUUUUUCUUUACAACGGAAACAUACUGGAUCUGCUCCCAACAACAGUGUUUCCGAAUUUUGCACCCGGUGGCGACGUGGAUGACGAGCAAAACCAGAUUGCUAUCAAGGCGUUACAAAACGCUAAGGAAUACAGUAUAGUGGACGAAGAAGACGUGCUUUACAAAGAAUCAAUACUAAACAAAUUAAUUAUUUCCGACCCUGUGGAGUUCCAUGAUCGGACAUUUUUGUCACAUCUAAAUCAACUACCCUGGCAGGAGCCACUCUUCACCCGUCGAGUGGAGCAGAGUAUUUUGACGGGCAAACACAUGACCUUUUGUCGAGUAUCGAAUGACUCGAUUUCUGUGGCGGCGGAAAUCUUCAAAUACCCUUCUUUUGAUGCCUAUGUGAAACCUCCCAGUCACUGCCCCUUUCACCUGUUUAUAGAAUACAAUCAGUCAUCGAGAGCAAGGAAACUAUCCAGUACAAAAGCGCUGGUGUUAUUGUUGUUGUUAGUUGUCUAUCAUCAUCAUUGAACCGAAAGACUUCAUGUUAUGUACCUACGUUAUAUGACCCAAAUGAGAGUCUAAGUAGCACCAAAUGUUGUGCACUGUUGGGUCACAGACUAACAGACAUAACACUUCGAACAAAUGUUCAAUAAAAUCAUCGUCCGGAUGAUUCUAGUACCUUACAUUAGUAACACUAGCACCAUCUGCUGCCGUGUUCGCGCUGCGUCAUGUAUUUUGACAUCAGCGCUAGCGUUACUGCAUGUGUCAAAUGGGGAACCACAAAAUAUGAAUGAAAUUGCAUGACAGCGCCCCAGACGGCGUUUUCGCGCGAUGACUGUCGAUUGGAAAUUUAAAAUGAUCGUUUUUCUGUGGCGAUGGAGCUAGGUUCCAGUGUUACGUCUGUUAGUCUGUGGUUGGGUCAUUCUCUUUCUUCUUUUCUCAUAGAUCUUCAACCUAAACACGUAUUCUACUUAACUGCUCUUAUUUAUUGACCCAUUUGUUUAUAAUACCUCUAAUUUAUUACCCAAUGUUUAACUAUUACCUACUUGUAUGCACAAUGCAUAUUUUUUCACUUUUUAACUUAAUACUUAACUACAAUAAUCAUAAUUGUAUCUAUCGAAAGAUUUCUACUAGCUUACAAUAAGCGAAAAUAAUACCAAAGUUGACUUCCAUCGGUAAAUGGAAAAAAAUAACUCUAAUUCGUUAGUAUAUCGUAGCAUCGUCUAAGUGCAUUGUUUCAAGUUGGUUGAUACAGAUAUUCUUUUGAUAUGAUAUAAAAGUGAAAGUCAGUGAGCGAAAAGCUCUACAUAAAUUAGUUUAGUACAAUCAGUUAUUAUUUAGCAUUACCAGAUUGUUUCAGUUUAUUUUGCAACUGAAAAUUACUUAAUAUGACUAAAAAAACGCUAAAACUGUUUGCACCGAUCUGAAACUGACAAAACUUAGAUCUCCUGUAAAAAGUCUUAUUGAUAUAUAGUUAUAUUAAUAUAUAGUUAGACAUUAAACAAAACAUUAAAACACCAUCCCUAAUAGAAACGUUGGUUUUCUAUGGAUAUAUACGACUCACUUCAUGCCAGUCAAUCCUAACUGUAGAAUGGCUCGCUAAUAUUUGAAACAAAAAUGAGCAAAAAAUGCAUAGAACGCUAGCCAUUUCGCGUUGACGGCGUUGCUGAUAUUUGUUUGGUUUUUGCAUGCGAAAAAGAAGGAAGGAAAUAUUUUUGCUUUUGUCAUCACGCACAUUCUGACAAUUGCAUAUGAGAGUUCACGUAGGUGCGAACAGCCUUCAAAAUCUCUUUCAACGCGAAUAACCCGAUUUGGUGCCAACUUUACCAAGAAAACAAAUUUGCAGUGUCCGAAACACGAAACUGAAUCACAUUUAGUUUUAUUGAUAUUUAUUACUGAUCAGAGUGAAUAGAUAGAGUGACGCAGAGUCUGAAACCAGAAAAACCAAACGAACCGUCAAACGCUGUACCUAACGAGCAAAGUAAACAAACAUUGCUGUUCGCUAGAUUUGUUGGAAAAAGUAUCGUAAUCAUUAAAAAAAAGUUUUUCAUAAAUUGAAUUUUUUUUUUCAUUUUGUUUAUUUGAAUGAAUCGUUUCCUGGUAACAAUUAGACAAAAGUACGAAAAAAAUAACAGUUUAUUUGCCUCAAUUUCAUUUUUUUAUGUUUUAUACGCAAGAAACUACGACAUAAGCUAUACUGCCAUGGAACGGCUGUCAAACUUAUUAGCGUUCGCUUAUUAGUCCCAGCAACAGCAGAAGUCUCAGCAGCAGCAACAGUUUCAACGUCGCAAGGCUACAAUAUAGGAUUAACUUUAGUCAAAAAAACAAAACACACAUAAAGUAAAACAAACCUCUUCCAUGCAAUCGUCCUGGUUUGUUUCACUAAAAUCCGGCACAAUUUGGAAAACCGGGAGCACACCCGGCAUAGCUCUUAGCCUCCCGCCGGCUUUGGCCACGUGCAGGUCUUGCUCGUAAUUAAAUUGAAGCUGUUCAGAAUGACAAAAAAAAACUAUUUAUUCAUCACUUGUAAUUAUUUUCUAAUUUACUUACACUACAAAGUCGGGUGUUUUCGUCAAUGAAAUAGUCUGCUGGGAGACAACAAAAAUCCAUCCACUGUUUCCUCACAAUCGGAUUCUUCGGGAACCGAAAAAAACUCACAUUCCUUACUGUUUUUUGUUUUUUUUUUUGUUACUACACAAAACGCACUUCAUUUUAUCUAUCUCUAUCAAACUUUAUCAAACGAACUUGUUUUAAAUUUAAAUACAAUAACGAUCUAUUCACUCUGACAAUAACAACACACCGUUGAAGUCAACUGAAACUUGCGCAAAAAGGGGCUGCCAGAAAAAUAUUUUAAUGGAUACAUAAAAAAACCGUGUUGCUGUUUUGACUGAAUUUCUCUCUGCGCCACUCUAUCUAUUCAUUCUGUUACUGAUAAUAAUGCGCAGAGUCUUUUUGGAAAUCAUAAAAUAAAAACAAGAACAAUUUCUAUGUGUAGCCAAUCAGCACUCUGGCUCGGCUGGAAUUUUCUCUAUACUGAAUUGGAUAUUUAUAUCUGAGCCUGUAGGAUGAAAGAAUGUUUUUCGCAUUACUAAACCUGCUGUAAAUUUAUAGAUUUAAGAUUCAUAGUUUGUCUAUAUUACAUUUGUAUCAUAUUUGGGAAAUAAAUGAAAUACUCAAUCAUA